AGGAAAGGGGGUGGAGCCAAGCACUCACUGCGGUGCUGCGCUGCGCCUGCAGAGGACAAGAAAAUCUCCUCUGCUGGGCUGACAUCUGCCAAAAUGAGCGGCCUGGAUGGGGGCAACGAGCUCCCUGUCGCUAAUUCCACGACUCCUGUCCGUGUCCAGGAAGAUCUGGAUCUGAAGCAGGAUCAGGGGCUCUGCGAGGAAACCGAAGAGGCGCGGGUGAUGGAGGCUGUAGGUGAGGCCGGUGCGGAGGGAGGCGCGCCCCCGGAUUCAGAGCACUGCGGCUCUGACCUCUGCCUAGGAGUGGCUGCUGCCGCAGCCGGAGAAGGGCUGGAGGAUGCUCUGCCUCCACCAAAGGGCGGGGACGCAGCCUCCGCUACUGCGGCAGCCGAUGACAGCAAUAAAAAUGGCUGUCAGCUCCAAGGGCCGCGCAGCCCUACUGGGCAGAAAGCUCUGGAAGCCUGUGGUGCGGUGGGUCUGGGAUCUCAGAUGAUGCCGGGGGUGAAGAAGGCCAAGGAAAUGACGGCUACCAAGUGCGCCAUCUCUGCAGCCGCGGGGAAGGAGGGAGAAGCAGGGGCGGCGAUGCAGGAGAAGAAGGGGGCACAGAAGGAGAAAAAGGUAGCUGGAGGAGGAAAGGAGGAGUCUCGUCCCAGGGCUCCAAAGAUCAAUAAUUGCAUGGACUCGCUGGAGGCCAUCGAUCAGGAGCUGUCAAACGUAAAUGCGCAAGCCGACAGGGCCUUCCUCCAGCUGGAACGCAAAUUUGGGCGGAUGAGAAGGCUCCACAUGCAGCGCAGAAGUUUCAUCAUCCAAAACAUCCCGGGUUUCUGGGUCACCGCUUUUCGGAACCACCCCCAGUUGUCACCAAUGAUCAGUGGCCAAGAUGAAGACAUGAUGAGGUACAUGAUCAAUUUAGAGGUGGAGGAGCUUAAACACCCAAGAGCCGGCUGCAAAUUUAAGUUCAUCUUUCAAAGCAACCCCUACUUCCGAAAUGAGGGGCUGGUUAAAGAAUAUGAGCGCAGAUCCUCCGGUCGAGUGGUGUCGCUCUCUACUCCCAUCCGCUGGCACCGGGGCCAAGAACCCCAGGCCCAUAUCCACAGGAAUAGGGAGGGGAACACGAUUCCCAGUUUCUUCAAUUGGUUCUCCGACCACAGCCUCCUAGAAUUCGACAGAAUAGCUGAAAUUAUUAAAGGGGAGCUGUGGUCCAACCCCCUACAAUACUACCUGAUGGGCGAUGGGCCACGCAGAGGAGUUCGAGUCCCACCGAGACAGCCAGUGGAGAGUCCCAGGUCCUUCAGGUUCCAGUCUGGCUAAGCGCUGCCCUUGUGACAAGCUCCUGCAGGAGUCCUACCACCUCCUCGGCUUGGCCAGCAGCAUGCAGCCUUCUGUCUGCUUUCUCUUCCUGUUGGAUUGUGUCCUUUGGUUCUUCUAAGUCUCCCCAGUAGUUUCAAGAUUGUGGCUUCCAAGUCUAUGGUCGUCUUUCUCUGGGCCAUCACGACGUUCUGCAUAGUGUUAAUGGUGUUCCAAGUGCAUGGCCUUCGAACUGCUUCUACGCCAAGCUCACACUGCUGUCAUUUGUACUGC